ACUCUUGCUCUGACUGCUUGACUGACACUGACUACAUUAUGGCCGCUUCGUUGCAACUGACCGCCGCGCAGGAGGCGGCGUGGGAUCAGUCCCGACAGCCCGCCAUCCUUGGGGUGGUGAUCACGAUGCUGGCGCUGGGCAAUCUGUCCGUCCCGAUGCGGUUCUGGGCGCAGUGGCGCAUCCAGAAGCGAGUGCUGCCGGAGGAUUACUGUCUCGUCGUGGCCCUAUUGUUCGCCAACGUCGUGUCGGCUGCCUUGCUGGUGGCCUGGUACAACGGGUUCGGGUUGCACGUCUGGCGGGUGGAAAUGGAGGAUCUGUCCAUGGGGCACCUGCGCAAUAUCUUUCUCAGCUUCUGGAUCACCGCCGUCUUCAACGGUCCCUCGCUCUUCGCCACCAAACUCGCCCUCCUCCUCUACUACCGCCGGCUGUUCAUCAUCAACCAGCGCUGGAUCCGCAUCGCCUGGUGGGCGAACCUCAUCUACGUCACGCUGUGGGUGGCCGGGUCAACAAUCUUCUACAUCCUGCAGUGUCUUCCCGCGCGCUAUUACUGGGAGCGCGUCGACCCGCAUUCCACGAUCACACAUGGGUCGUGCCCGCACAGCACCAACGUCAUCGGUGUCCCGCUGAUCCUGAACAUCCUCUCCGACGUGACCAUCCUCCUGCUCCCGGUCAUCACGGUGACGACCCUGCAGAUGCGCCUCACCCGAAAGAUCGGGCUGGCCGCGGUCUUCUCGGUCGGUGUUGCAGCCUCAGCCAGUGCCCUCGCCCGCGUCCUCGUCCUAGAAGUUGGCACAGACGUGCAAUCCGACGCGACGUACAACACGGUCGCCUUCGAGGUGCUGUGCGUGGUGGAGCUGAACCUGGCCAUCGUCUGCACGUGCGCGGUGCCCAUCGCCUCGGUUCUGCGCAUGGCGCGGACCAAGAGCCAGCACCACACCGACGGCUACGAGAUUCUGACCAAGACGCACUUCUCUACCAUCACCACCCACGAAACCGGUGGUGUGGGUGGGGUUCGGACGGCUAGCACCGAGCAGCUGCAUUACGCCACCGCGACGACCAGCUGCGCCACGAAACAAGAGGGGCGGUGGGAAGGAGGUUCAGCUAGCGAUGCUGUGGGGGCCCAUCAGAUAAUGGUGAAGGUGGAUGUAGAUGUGCGAUAG